CGAUACCUAAUUUGCGAAAUUGAUUUUACCGAUAAUGGCCAAUUGAAGAUACUUCGGACGCGCUGAAAUUUAGUUAUCAAAGUCUUCACCAGAGCCGGAAACCCUGGACGUUCUCUUUCGGUUGAGCUAGCUCCUUUUCCGGUACACCAGCAAUCAUGGGUCGCGUUAGGACGAAGACCGUCAAGAAGGCCGCAAGGGUCAUUAUUGAGAAAUAUUACACUCGUCUCACGUUGGAUUUCCACACUAACAAAAGGAUAUGUGAAGAAAUCGCCAUCAUUCCCAGCAAACCCCUGAGGAACAAGAUCGCUGGAUUUGUUACACAUUUGAUGAAGAGACUACGUCACAGCCAGGUGCGAGGUAUCUCUAUUAAGUUGCAAGAGGAAGAAAGGGAACGCAGAGACAACUACGUACCCGAAGUUUCCGCUUUGGAACAUGACAUCAUCGAGGUCGAUCCUGAGACCAAGGAGAUGUUGAAAAUGCUUGAUUUCAGCAACAUUUCUGGUCUGCAACUCACACAGCCCGUCACUCAUCAGUUUGGCAGGCGUACAUAAAUACACGACACUCCGUAUCUUUGUCAGAUUUACUUUUUUACUGAAUAAAGAUGUAAACUGACACUCCUA